CAGGGGAGCCGGCUAUAAAUACGGCUGCGCGCAGGGCUCAGUUAGACAUCCUCCCCAAAAUCAAGCGCAAGACGCACAACUGAGCGAGAACCUGCGGGAAUCCGGCGCAUCUCUGCUGCUCUGAUCGAUUCCCUCCACCUUUCUGCUGCACAGUGUUUAUUCUAUAUCUAUAUCCUCAGGCUCCAGGUCACUAUGUUGUCCACCGGUGGAUUAUAUCUGAAGCACGUCGUGGUGGCGGCGGCGCUGUGCUCCGCGCUGGGGUCCCCGGUGGCGGGGCCAGAGCCGAUCCGAUGCGCGCCGUGCACCCCGGAGAAGCUGAGCCAGUGUCCGGCGGUGGCGCCCGGCUGCGCCGAGGUGCUGCGGGAGCCCGGCUGCGGCUGCUGCCUCGCCUGCGCCCUGAAGGCUGCGGAGCUGUGCGGGAUCCACACGGCGCCGUGCGGCUCCGGACUGCGGUGCACCCCGAGACCCGGCGACCCGCGGCCGCUGCACUCCCUCACCCGGGGACAAGCCCUGUGCACGGCGAGCACUGAGGCCGCCGAGUCGACCCCGGAGCCCCAGACUCCAGAUCAGGCAGAGCCAGAGGCGGAGAUGGAGAACGCGGCCGUGGCCUCGGACCCCGGCUCCAGCCACCACCUCCCCGGCCUCAGUAGACCCUACGACCCGCGCGCCGCCGCGGACGCGCAGGAGAGCAUGAAAGCCAAACUCGUCACCAUCCGCAAGAAGCUGCUGGAGCAGGGGCCCUGUCACCUGGAGCUGCAGAGGGCCCUGGAUAAAAUCGCCAAGUCCCAGCAGAAGCUCGGAGACAAGUUGACCCGGUUCUACCUCCCCAACUGUGACAAGCACGGGCUCUACAAACCCAAACAGUGUGAAUCCUCCCUGGACGGACAGCGGGGUCGAUGCUGGUGCGUGAAUUCCUGGAACGGCAAGAAGAUCUUGGGGUCGACCGACCUGCCCGCGGACGCCGAGUGUCCCUGAAGGGGCCUCGACCACUGACGUGACGCAGACCACAGACGAAGAAGAAGGAGACGAUGAUGAGGAUGAUGAGGAUGAUGAAGAAGAAGAAGCCACUGAUUUCUAUAUUUUUUUUUCCUUAUUUGAAAGCUGUUCUAUUUAUUGAUAUCGUCCAUGGUGGUGUUUAAUUCAGGUACACUACCCCCUCCCCUCCCCCCUCCCUUUUCAAACACCCGUCCCAAAGAGAGAAAAAAUAUCUAUUUUUGGUUUUUUUUAUAUUGCAUUUUACUUUACUACUCUUCAGUCUUAUUUAUUUCAUUCGUUACUACAUUUUUAUUUGUUAUUUGUAAUUAUGAAUAUUUAUAUAUUGUUUUUGCCUUAUUGUAUUAUUAUUAUUAUUAUUAUUAUUUUUGUGAGUGUACAUAAAGUGUGUGUGUGUAUAUUUGUGUAUCUGAGUGACUCCACGCCUUUUUACGGAGUUCUUUUCGCUGGAGGAACAAAAGCACUGAGUGACCAAAUGUCAUUUAGAAGAUUUUCUUUUUUUUCUAAAUGUUGUUUUUAAUGUUGCCAUUGUUGUGUUUUAAUAUUGUUACUAUUUUUCACAUGUUCACACGUGAUCAGCUCUUGUCAAAAUGCAAAAAACAACAACAACAACAACUCUCAGUCGGGAAAUAUUCCUUCACACACUUACACAUUUCCCAUGAUUCCAUGGGGCAGAUAUUAGCCUAUAGCAUGACGGGAGGUCCUGUCUCUCACACACGGGUAUUUCUACAUUUAACCUACCUCCGAUAUUUAUGUGUCCGCCGUCACUUUUGCGUGUGUUUGACAUAUCGUGUCGAAAAUACUUUUUUUGUGAUUGUUAUUUCUCCUUUUUUUUUUUUUUUUUACUUUACAAACGUCGUCGUUUCUCUCCGACCAAGAACACGUGACCACAAAGGAGCGGCGUGACCCCUCGACGCGCCGCUCCGCCCCGUCCACAUGCUGCUUGUUUUGUUGGAGAGAGAAUCAGUCGUCACUGUGACGAAACCGCUCACUCUCGUGUGUGUGUGUGUCUGUGUGUGUGUGUGUGUGUGUGUGUGCGCGUGUGCGUGCAUUGUUUUUGUAACUGAGAUGUAAUGUAAAAGAGAGAAGGUGAUAUAUUUAAUAAAACAUUAACCUCA